GUCCAACUGCAACAGUAAAAGGUGUGGAGAAGGAGAGGGGAGAAUUUGUUUGGUCCAAAACUCAAGAUAGUUUGUAGGUUCUGUGUUUUUUUUUUGCCAUGUUUUGGUUUUAAACUAGGUUUUGAUUAUGUAUCUCAUCCAAGAUUCUAAUAAAACUAAUUUUAAGUAUUAAAAACACCAGUUUUCGAUGUUUUUGCCACGCUCUAAUAUACUUUGUUACUUAUCUAUUCACUGUUGAUAGUGAUAUGGUGUCGACAACCAAAACUAGUGAUAUCUAGAGAAGUCAAUAAUUCGGUGACACGUGGAUAGAUAUAUAAAUUUGGUCGUAAAGUUGGGAGAUCUAAAGAUUUCAGACUUUUGCAUGUAUUAUUAGUUUCCUGUCGAAAUUCCAGAUCAAUUUUUUACCUUCUUCCUCACCAUUCACCAAUGACACUACACAUCAUUGACAUUGCCGGCGUCAUCCCUGCCGUCGACUCGGACUCGGUCCUGAACUCGGCCAACUUGGUCACAAUCCCUUUAACUUUCUUUGAUCUACCUUGGCUACUGUUCCAGCCAGUCAAGCGAGUCUUCUUCUACAGACUCACCGAGUCGAAGCAUGACCAUUUCCACUCCAUCAUCCUCCCGAGGCUCAAGCUCUCUCUCUCCCUUGUCCUCCGCAACUAUCUCCCUCUCUCUGGCCGCAUCACUUGGGACACAAACGAGCUUAAACCGAGCAUUGUCGUCUCUCCAAACGACGCCGUUUUGGUGACGGUAGCCGAGAGUGACGCUGAUUUUUCUCAUCUUUCCGGCUAUGGACAACGUCCUGUUUCCGAGUUACACAACUUGCUCCCCAAGUUACCCGUUUCGGAUGACUCAGCGACCGCCUUCUCUAUACAAAUCACGUUGUUUCCGAACCAAGGAUUUUCCAUUGGCGUCGCAGGACAUCAUGCCGUUAUGGACGGGAAAACGUCAAGCAUGUUUAUCAAAGCUUGGGCUCAUACAUGCAAACACCAACUCGAAAAUAUAGCCUCUCUGCCGGAUAUUUUAACUCCGUCUUAUGAUCGGUCAUUGAUCAAAGAUUUGACCGGACUCGAUGAAAAGAUAAUCCAGAUGGUGAGAUCGUUGAAAGGUAACAAAACUAACAUCAGAAGCUUGACUCCGUUUCCCGCAAGAAAACUCGCAAACGACGUAGUCUUGGCCACGCUCGUGCUCUCUUGCGAAGACAUCAAGAAGCUCAGGGAGCAAAUCAAGAACGUGUCACCAAGCCUUCAUUUGUCGACUUUCGUAAUUUCCUACGCCUACGCGUGGACCUGCUUUGUGAAGGCACGUGGAGGAAGCGGAGAGAGAUCAGUGAGUUUCCUCUUCGUUGGAGAUUUCAGAGAACGGUUAGAUCCGAAGCUUCCGGCGACUUACUUCGGAAACUGUAUGUUUCCGGUGGGUUGUUACAACCGUAAGGCGGUGGAGUUUACGGAAGAGAAGGGACUCGUAACGGCCGUUGAGAUUCUUAGCGAUUUAGUCAAAGGAUUAAGUUCAAGAAAAAUAGAGACGAUCGUGAAGGAGUUAGCGGAAAGUUUUGAUUUCCAAAAAGGAAGUACACAGUUUGGGACUAUAGCCGGGUCGACCCGUUUGGGAAUAUACGAGUCGGAUUUCGGGUGGGGAAGACCCGUUAAGGUUGAUGUUGUCUCUAUUGAUCAAGGAGAAUCGUUCUCUAUGGCGGAGAGACGUGACGAAUCAGGUGGUGUGGAGAUUGGGAUGUGUUUGAAAAAGACUGAAAUGGACAACGUUAUGGCUUUUUUCAACAAUGUUAAAAUACGUUUUUAGAAAGCCCAUUUUAAUAAGGUAAAAGCUUGCUUAGUUUGUUCUUGUGAUGUUCAAUAAAUCUAUGUGUGUAAGUCUUUCUCUAUAUCUCCACUCUUUUCAUAAAUAUGUUUUGUAAGCUUUAUAUCAUUAUGUACUUGUAGUUUUGAGUUUUUAGGUGAA